AUGGCGCUAGGCAGAUGUUUCGCGCCGCGCAACCGCAACAGCUGGGGCCCCAUAUCGAGUUGCCCGCCCAUUCUGCGCAGACGCGACACCACCGUCGACGAGGCAUUCGCCGACGAAUGCGCCGAGCGGGCUAUCAGCGUGCAGGCGCGCCAAUUGGACCCGCUCAAAGAGGACUUGGCAGAUUGGCUCAACAGAACUUUGGUUUACAUUUCUAACACUGGUGUCAAUAUUUUGGAUCUCGUUGGUACCGGAAUUGCAUACGUACAUCACUCUUCAAGCCAAACCCCAAGAAACCAAUGA